GACGUCACUUCCUGGACAAGGAAGGCGGUAGGUCUACUCAGGUGGGCUGAGGGAGUAGGUCUGCCGCCAGACACUAUUUUUUUUUUCUUUUGUGGUAUCGUUAGCCUUCAAACUACCGAUGAUAGGGCGAAAGUUUCUAUAUGCCACUUAGGAGUUCAUUACCUUAACUGUUUAAUUUUCAUUAUAUAUGCAUAUUGUAUAAAGUGUAUAUAUACAGUAUACUACUACUCAUUUGUACUGAAUAGGGCAACGUUUUCAAUUUACUCACAAGCUGCUUCCACAAACUGGUUUUACCAGGUUGACUGAUACGUUUCUUCAAGCUGUCCUUAGUGAGAUUUGCUGAUGGCUAACAGGCACUGUGUGUUGUGAUCGUGGCACCCGGUAAUGGAUGGACACAUACCCAGAUUGGUGCUUAUCUUUAUUCUGUUGGUAAUAUCAGGAUUUUUACUGUUUAUUCUCAACAUAUUUAUGGAGGAUAUAAAUGAUCAGCUAAUGUUCACCUUCUACAAAAUACAGAGCAGCAUCCACUCAUCCUUUAAACCUCCUGAAAUCUUGUGGCCGCUGGAGGUAAACCACACUUACUGUGCACACUUUGGCCAGGAGCCCACGGCAGAAGAGGCCAAAGAAGAGAGAGAUCUGCUCAAUUCCAUUGCAUGGCCAGGUCCCUUGGUGCAAGGCCUGCCUGUGGAGCUCAGCAGUGACCCUGCCAAGAGCUACUUUGUGAUUCAGGGCUUGUCAAAACAAAACAAAGGUGGUCAGCUUCUGGUCAAUGUCCACGUGCAGAACUUCUUGGGCCUGCCUAAGGAUCAUGGUGGAGAUUUCCUGAUAGCCCGGCUGCAUUCACCCGAGCUGGGUGCCGGUGUUGCAGGGAAGGUGCACGACUAUAAUGAUGGCACCUAUACAGUGUUGUUCCCACUGCUGUGGACUGGUGAAGCAUGGGUGGAAAUCACCAUGGUGCACCCAAGUGAGGCAGUGGUGGUACUUAAGAGAUUGCAGGAGGAGCAACCCGACAGAGUGUUUUUUAAGAGUCUGUUCCAAUCUGGUGCUUUCUCAGAGACCACCGUGUGCAACCUGUGUCUGCCACUCAACGAGAAACCACUCUGCAACUACACUGACCCUUUAACUGGAGAGCCCUGGUACUGCUACAAGCCUGAAAUGCUAGGCUGUGACACACGAAUAAAUCAUUAUAAAGGGGGCUACAAGAAGAACCUCAUUACGGAAUAUGAAGCACAGUUCUUCCAGAGUGAUGUAAAUAUCAAAAUUCCUAUACCUGCAUCAGCAAUGGAUAAAGUGACUGUAUUACCUGCAGAAAGAGGACAAACCAAAGUAAAAAAUCAUUACAUUUCUACUGGCUACUACUUUCAUGGUACCUGGAGGCCUUUGAAUGGUGCAGUCAUCCGGCGGUUUAAUCACUCUUCAGCCAUAACACAUUGUCUUAGAGGGAAGGCUGUCUACAUGUUUGGAGAUUCCACCAUGCGGCAAUGGUUUGAGUACCUCACUAGCUCUCUUCCAAACCUCAAACUGUUAACCCUUUACAGUUCUAACAAAACAGGGCCAUUCAUGGCUCUGGACAGCAGGAACGAUAUUUUGAUGAGCUACCGCUGCCAUGGGCCGCCCAUCCGCUUCAGCUCUGUGCUUUCCUCUGAGCUGCGCUAUGUAGCUAAUGAGCUAGACAAGAUCCAGGGUGGGCCGGACACAGUCGUUCUUGUGAGUGUGUGGUCUCACUUUAGCACCUUCCCUGUUGAAAUAUAUAUACGGCGCCUACGGCACAUCCGCAGGGCCGUGGUGCGGCUGCUGAACCGUGAGCCAGCUACAUUGGUGGUGAUCCGCACUGCCAACCUGCAGCAGCUUGACCCAGAGAGCAGCCUGUUCAACAGCGACUGGUUCUCUCUGCAGAGGGAUGCUGUGCUGCGUGCCAUGUUCAGAGGACUCCGUGUGCAGCUGCUAGAUGCCUGGGAGAUGACGCUGGCCCACCACCUCCCACAUGACAUACACCCACCUCAUGCCAUUAUCAAAAACAUGAUUGAUGUGAUCCUCUCCCAUAUUUGUCCAGUUAGGAAAAUAUAGAAGUAUGAAAAAAAUCUUGUGAAACUAAUGUCAAUAAAUGAAUGUUUCAUCUACUUUUGAAAGUAUUUUGGAGAAUAAAUACUUGUAACAUUAUACAGUUUAAGUUAAAACAAGUAAUUUAAGCAAAUGUUUGAAAUUUGUUCCUGUGUUUAAUAAGACUGUGUGAUCUGAAUUUAUUCAUUUCUGACUAAUGAAUUUGCAUUUGUAGAAAAUAAUGCGUACUGUUUUUUGGAAUAGAGCGGUUUCUAUUGAUGCACCAGAAUAUGUUACGGGCUUCCUACUGACUUAGCAUCUUCCUGGUUUAUCAGCACCAAGCUUCCUACAACUCAUUAGGGUAGUAAUGCAAAUGUGCAAGAUUUGAUGGGUAAAUUUAAUUGUUGCUUGGACAAAGAUUCUCAUUUUUAUACCCUUUAAUGUGGAGAAAAUUGAUUAUUUUGGACGCAUUCUCCUUCUCUCUCUCUUUCUCUCUCUCUCUCUCUCUUUCCCUCAAAGACAUAAAAACAGAGAAGAUUUUAAGACUGAGGACUGUGGAGAUAGAAUGCAUUUAUUUAGUUUUUUUGGUCACUUUCCUUAAUUUUUUUAAAUUGUCAGAAAAACAUAAAAAAAGAUUGUAACAAUAAAAUGCCUGCAAAAUAUGGUGAUUUUACCAUAGUCACAAACUUACAGACAACAGUUAUCACAGCACAUUAAAAGGUGUAAUGCAACCAUGUUAAGUAUUCAAACUCUAAGUUCAGCGUAUUACUGUACCUUGAGUAUAAAGCACCCUAACUUUGAAGGAUGCCCAACUGUUGCCUGGAACCUCUGUGGACUUGUAGGAAGGCCAUAAACACAUGCCGUUUUUCACCCAGGUCUCAGACAAAUUGAGAUUUGUGUGCUAAACUAUAAAAACUAGGUGAGCAAGAGCACUUAGCAGUUCAAAUAAUUGUAGAUAAAGAUACAAAUCUCUAAAUGGUUUGGCCCCUACUUAUCUCUGUGAGUUAUUGACUGAGUAUCAACCCACUAGAUCCCUUCGGUCUUCCAACCAGGAUCUGUUGUCUACCCCUAAGUCGAGGCUUAAGUGUAGGGGAGAUCAUGCUUUCUGUAUUGCUGCCCCCAGUCUCUGGAACGCCUUGCCACUAUCCAUUAGACAAGCUUCUUCUCUUAAUAUUUUUAAGUCCAGGCUAAAGACAUUUUUAUUUUCUAAAGCGUAUGGCUGAUGGGAUAUUUGUAUGAUUUUAUAACUUUUCUGUUUGUUUGUUGUGUGUUUUUCUGUUUUUGAUGACUUGCUGGAAAGCACAUUGGUCAAUGGAAGUUGUAAUUAAUUGUGCUAUAUAAAUAAAUUGUCAUUGACACUGUCAUCAAGAGACUAAAAUUCUGCGUGGCUUUCUCUCAGGGGCAGGCUUGCAAAAGGUAUCUCGGUGCUACUCCUGCAGUACCUUGCUUCUGCAGGUGCCAUCACUUUCAUUCUUUUGGAAAAAAAUAUGACUGAGCGGCUCAGUCUGAGCCACUACUUGUAGUUUACAGAGAGCACCACCAGUAUACAUACACACACACACACACACACACACACAGUGGAUUUAAAAAAUUUAAAAAGUCUACA